GGCGAAGCUCGCGGAGAAGGGGUAAAGAGUCGGAGAGGACGGUAACGCGGAGCGGCAGCGCCACCGACUAAACAGUCGCACCCCGUCGUCGCCGUCGUAUUCGAGGCCACCCCCUGUCACUGGCGAGAGCCGCGACAGGGAGCGACCGAAAGAGUAACGGACGGACGGACGGACGGACAAACGGGUCUUGAGUCAGUCAGUCAGUCAGUCAGUCAGUCAGUCAGUCGGUCCUCUCAGCAAAAGUCUCGAAGUGCGGAGGAUAAGCCACCCCUAGACUCGCGCAAACACACAUACCCAUACGCAUACUUGCACACAGAGACACGUGUAUAUAUAUAUAUAUAUAUAUAUACACAGGCGCGCGCGCGCGCGCGCAGAGACACACAUACACGUAUACACAAGUACACAUUUACCGCAAAUCGCGGAAGAAGAAACGGUCCAGGUAGGAGUUCUCCUUCAUCCACCAUCCACCAUCGAGGGGACGAAGAAGAGAAGCGAAUUAAAGCUCGCAAGAAGAAAGCAAACAACACGCAGGCCGCGCGUCGGUGGCUGGCUGGCUGGCAUGGUGGCGGUGGUGGUGCAUCCGUUUAAGGAGCCGCCCUCGCCGCGCCGAUGACGAGGCUGCAGGUCCCAGAGCAGCGCGUACCACGUAGGACGAAGGCGAAGCCGGCCAGCGAGCGGCCACCCAAGUGGUUCCGAGGUGGUUCCGACGACGGGCCGGGCGACGGACGGGCGCGACGUAGACGUCGACGUCGCGAUAACGUCGGCGACCACGGCGGGGCAGAGGCCAGCAGACGCGCCGUAGCCGUGGUUAUCGGUUCUGGUGGCGCGGUUCUCGGUGUCGAGCGUGGUGUCGGUGUCGCCGGUGGUGUCCCGCGAGGGUGGUGCUCCGUAUCAUCGGAGCCGUCGUCAUCAUCCCCGGUAGCUGGUCGACGCGAUCCGCGUCACCACUAUGCCACGCUGUCUCAUGGCGAAAAAGUGGAAGUGGAAUCAGUGGCAGGCCCGCGUGGACGAUCAGACGAGCGAGCAGAAGGACGCGACGCCACCCGGGGCCGCGAAUCCCCAUCAGGAGCAGCAGGCGCAACAUCACCUGCUGCAUCAGAGCACCGCGGACGCGAUGGAGAAACGCUCGCACAGGCAUGAGUCGAUCGAGGACGAGGAGAUCGACGUGGUCGGGGACGUCGAUAAUCAUCAGGUAGACCAUCAGCAGACCUGUUGGGGGCCGCACAGUCCCACGGCUGGGGCUACGGCCCCCAGUCCGCCGCCCCUCAACGCUUCCGGUGCUCUGUACUAUCACGGCUACACGCACGAGGCAUGGAUCAACCACGAGGAGCCCCCGAAGUACGCGACGUUGCGCUCAGCGGCGGAGCUGGCGCGUCCGAUAGCUCCGUCGCCGCCACCUCCGGCAGCGCAGCAGGAGCUUCCGGUUCCGGUCCUGACCGGGGGACCGAUCCUGCAUCAGAACACGAGCCCGUCGUCGUCAUCGUCAUCAUCGCCGUCAUCGUCGUCUUCGUCCGUCGCGUCUCUGUGUCUGCCACCGCGCAAGAGUCUCUCGAUGUCCUUCACCAGCACCGGCGCGGCGCUAUCCUUACCGCCGAAGAAGAAGGACAUCUACCGUCCUUACAGCCUGCAACCGAUCUCCGAGAUCCGCACGUCCGCCGAGGAGGACCUGUCCGCCGCCCAGGCGAUUCUGGAUCUCAGCGCGUCGCCCGCCGCGCCCACGCAUUCCGUUUUCAUUCACACUCUGUCGCCGCCGCCUCCGCCACCGCCGCCGCCGCCGCCGCCGCUGCCGCCGCCGCCCGCCGCCGCCGCCGCCGCCGUCGUCGUCGUCGCGCCGAACGCGACCGCGACCGCGCAGCAGCAGCAGCAGGCGCAGCAGCUACAGCAGCAGCAGCAACAACCGGCACCGACCGCGGGCACGCAGCAGCCUAUACCGGUCUCCGUGCUCGUGCCGGUGCCCGCUUCGCAGACCAAUCAGUUACGUCAACAGGAGCAGACGCCGCCGCAGCCGCAGUCGCCGGCAACCGCGGAGACCGCCGGCGGAAACUGCAACAACGUCGCCAGGGAUAGCAAUACCACCGCAAGCAGCAAGACUGUCGCCUACACCUACGAGGCCUUCUUCGUGUCCGAUGGCCGGUCGAAACGUCGCGGAGGUGGCAGCGGAGGAGGCAGCAGCAGCAGCAACAACAGCAACAACGGUGCCGCAGUCCCGGAUAAAGAAGCGAGCCAGCCGGACAGGCCCAAGUUCACGUGCACCGAAUGCGGCAAGCAAUACGCCACCUCGUCGAACCUGUCGCGGCACAAGCAGACCCAUCGCAGCCUCGACUCGCAAUCGGCCAAGAAGUGCAUCCACUGCGGCAAGGCUUACGUCAGUAUGCCCGCCCUGGCGAUGCACGUGCUCACGCACAAGCUCGCCCACAGCUGCGGCGUAUGCGGCAAGAUGUUCUCGCGACCCUGGCUGCUGCAGGGUCAUCUGCGAAGUCAUACUGGGGAGAAGCCGUACGGGUGCGCCCACUGCGGCAAAGCGUUCGCCGAUCGCUCAAAUCUGCGAGCGCACAUGCAGACCCACUCGGCUGAUAAGAACUACGAGUGUUCGAGGUGCCACAAGACCUUCGCCCUCAAGUCCUACCUGAACAAGCAUCUGGAGUCAGCGUGUCUGCGCGACGAGGAGAUCCAGCAGCAGCAGCAGCAACAUACCGGUAACAGUGCCACUCAGCAGAACACCAAUCGAGGCUUGUAGCAGCGCUUCGAGGAGGGAAACAACGACGUCACGAGGAUCGAGGGGUCAAGAAAGAGCUAGCGGUGCCCCGUGAUCGCCGCUUGAUUGCGAAGAGGCACCAGGAUACGAAGAGCGAGGGAAGGGAUAUAAGGUUUGCCGUAGAUUUUAAGUAGAAAAGUGCCAGUAGAGACAGAAAUGAGAGAAAGAAAGAGAGCGAGAGAGAGAAGAGAGAGAGAGAGAGAGAGAGAGAGAGAGAAAGAUGGAAAAGAAAGAAUGAUGUGAGUAGAGAGUUAGAAGGAACGAAAGGGAGCAAGAGAGAGGGAGAGCGUGAGUUUAUUAAUAAUGUCUAACAUUAAUAAAAACGUCCAGUAAUGUUAAGUCGUAAAUGAAAAAAAAACACGUCGAACGAUGACGUCCACACUGCAGAGUCUAGUCACUCUAGUCGAUUAUAUAUACCUAUUACAUUAUGAUAUUAUAUUAUUAUAUAUAUAUUAUAGUAUAUAUAUAUAUAUAUAUAUAUAUAUAUAUUUACUAGCGCGUACGAUAGUCCGCGAGCUCGUUACGAAGACAUUAUUUAUUAAUACUUAGCUGCCUAAAUUUAAAGAAAGAGAUGAAACGAAGAGAAAAUAAACCGAAAGAGAUUUGACAGGAUCCAUAAAUCGCGAAUCGCAAUCGAUAAUCGUUGCUGAAUCGCUGUGACACCGAGACGCGCGAAUGUGAUCGACUUGUUUAUAAUUUGCUGAUUCUCAUUUUGCAAAGAAAGAAUAAUAUCGCGAUUAUUUCCAAAAUCACGUGAGGAUCGAUCGAUUAAAAAUUAACCCAUCUCUGCUGUUGCUGGUAUCUUCAAGUAUCUGCGCGACAACUGAUCAUUCGGAGUCCAUUUCCACGAGUAUUAACUAUACUAUUUAAAUAAUUAUAAUAAAAUUAUAUAAAAUAUAAUUAAUGACGCAAUGUGUCAUAAAAUCAUGGUUGUUCAAAGUUACUCGAAGCUAUACUAUGUCGAAGCAGAGAAGGGUUAACGCUCGCGUUCAGUGGUUGCGCUUCUUUAAAAAUUUCAUCGAGUUUAAUCCAUUGGUGGACAUUGGGAGACAGAACGACGAAAGCUAUGACUGAUCGAUAAGCGCAAUAACCGCGCAGCGACUGGUUCGGAGUUACGGACACGUCAUCCUUCGACCUCAAAGAUAAAGGUCGAACCAAGUAUUUUUGGAGAUUCUGAGAGGGUAUACAUCAAACUGAAAAACUUUAUGCUUUUAUAUAGCAUAUCCUCUCUUUUGCAAUUGUUUUUUUUUUUUUUUUUAUCAAAGUCUACACCUGCGUGUCUCGCACGAUUAUGCGAUUUACGACGACACGAUUAUGUCGAAUCGACGACGAAUAUAUAACGCGGGGAAAAUACGCGGUCUCUCGCGAUCGAUCGACCGAUCGAUCGAUCGAUCGCGGACGCGAAAACGCGCGUUCGGCAUCGCAUUAUAUUAAACGGAUCCUCACAACGUACUUAGAGCAAAUUCGAGUAAUAGACGCGUGUAACACAUUGUUAUACAACACAUAUUUUAUAGAGGCAAUAUAAGAAAAAAUAAAUAAAUAAAUAAAUAAAUAUGACGCGACAAGUACGGUCAAAGCAAUGUUUCGACACAACGAAUUAUAUAAUUAUACGUAUAGAGGCAAACAUCGAAGUUUAACCAAGUUUCGAGCAAGAUGAUGUGCUUAGGCAUGAUGGAGAACGAUCGCCCGAUCCACACCUCCCUCUCGUAUUAAUUAACUUUGAUGCUCAGAAAACUUCUAACUAAGUCGAAUCAAUAUUUUAUUUAAAGUAGUAAGUAGUUUGUUUUAUAAUUUUUGUAAUUUUUGAAAUUGUAUUCUCCAUUACGUUCUUAAUUUUAUUAUAUUUCUGUGGACUCUUACAUUCCUGUAUUCGCAUAAAAAUAAUAAUAUAAAUUCGUUUAUUGAUAUUAAAUCAGAAUAUUCAGAGAAAAUUAAUUAAUUCCACGCGAAACGUUCUACGCAGUUUAUAUGCUGGAUUCAAUAUUUAAUCAGGAAAAAAAACCAUUAAUCACGUUUGCUGAUGAAUAUAUUACAAUUACAUUAGAUGCAGAUCAAUGUAUCGAGUUAUGUGAUCAGAAUAAAUUUGUUUGUAUCGUUUCAUAAUUGGAUCAGCUAUAUAUAUGCAUCAUAUAAAAUAAUAAUUAUUAAUUUCUCGAUAACGCGGUUAAUUAAUUUUUCCACAUUUUAAAUUGAAAUUGGUAGUAAAUAGCAACGCGUACAUAUUUAAUCGCGAGAAUAAAAUUGUUUUCCAAUAAGAAAAAGGAGCGAUUCGGCGGGGUGUGGAUCCGCGCUUUAAAGUCGCGCCCAGCUUUCUAAAAAAAUAACAACUAAAGAAUUAAAACAAUUAUAAUGGCCGACGAGCAUGCGAGCGAUCUGCCCGAUUUUUUUAUUUUUUGCACCGAUUAUAUCGCGAAAAAGCGCGAUGACAGCAUUUCGCAUGUACAGUAGAGAGAAUCUCGCCGCCAAAAAAAGAAGGACAGAAUAAACAAUAUUUUUCGCUCGUAGCUCGUUCAAUUCGCGAAUCGAUUCUUAGGAUCGACCAGCAAUGCUUGACGCGCAACGGAGCUUUGUUCGAUUUUUCCUUUCCUUUCUUUUAUUGAAUUCUAUCUCGCGCGCGCGGCACUAACCAUCGAUAAUUAAUUAAUACGCGCCACGCUGCUUCUAAUGCGUGUAUACAUAUAAAUAAUAUGCGGCUUUAGAAAGCAAUAAACGAUUAAGCAAUAAUAACUUAUUCGCGUAGCGCACACAACGAAAAUCCGCAAUAUUGCGCGUCAAAUCGCGCACUUGACUCGCAUACAUAUGUAUAUCUCGUAUAUUACGUCCUUUUGUUGUUUCAUUUGUACUUGUACUCUCGCUGCUUCGUUCGUUUACUUAUUAUUCAUUUAUGUACUCCUGCGUUCUCUGCGCUUAUUUAUUUGUAUACAUCGAAAUGCCGUUUUCAAUAGUCGCUAUAUAAUUAUUCUUAGUUCGAAUGUGUAAUUAUUUAUAUUUAUUAUUAUUGACGGUUUGUGUCAAGAUAUUGAAAUAUAGAAUGAGAAUGUGAGAAUAGAUGAACGCGCAUAAAAAGUAUACACGAUUCCUAAAGAUGUGCAAAGAGUUUUUUUGUGCAUUAUCUCUCAGAUUUGUGAUUCGAGCCAAUUUGUUGUGAUAUCUUGGCAAGCUGUCAUAUAUUUUUAGCAUUAAUAUUAUUCCAUAAUUAUUAUUAUUUUA